AUGUCGUCUUCACGGCCUGACGGCGGGGACUCGCCCUCGUCGUCACCUCUUUCCUCUCCUCCCUCUAAACUCGACACUUCAACUCGCCCGCGGCCACGACCCAAGCUCGUUUCUUUUGGCCGCGACUCGCUCAUGGGCGGACGGCCAGACACUGAGGGCCACACCCACGUAGAAUUCAUCCACGAGAACUCGCCCACCAUUAUCCCCCAGAGAAUGUCUUCCGAAGUCGAUCCGCUCCUUAAGGAGGCCUUGUCGCCUGACGACGACGACGACGACUGGUUGGGCGAACAACAGGUCGAGGAGACCAAGAGCAGUUGGUUCCUGUUCUUGCUCACCUUUGGUGGCCUGGGCCUGCAAAUAGGAUGGUCUGUAGAGACCUCCAAUGGAUCCCCGUACCUACUCUCACUCGGUUUGAGCAAGUCGAUGCUUGCCCUCGUGUGGAUUGCCGGCCCGCUCUCCGGUGUGCUCGUGCAACCCUAUGUCGGUCUCAAGAGUGACAACUGCCGUCUGCGCUGGGGAAAGCGGAGGCCUUUCAUCAUCGGCGGUGCCGCUGCAACCAUCGUGUCUCUCAUGGUCCUCGCUUGGGCAAGGGAAAUCAUCGGUGGCUUUCUAGGCCUCUUCGGUGCUGACCCAGAGUCAAAUGGUGUCAAGACAUGCAUCAUGCUGUUCGCCGUCUUGUUCGUAUACGUGCUGGAUUUCGCUAUCAACGUCAUCCAAGCCGGUGUACGAGCAUACAUCGUCGAUGUAGCACCCACUCAUCAACAAGAGUCUGCCAAUGCAUGGCUCAUGCGCUCCGCUGGUAUUGGCAAUAUUUUGGGCUACCUGGCAGGUUAUAUCAACCUACCAGACUACCUUCCCUGGCUCGGUGGCACACAGUUCAAGGUCCUGUGCGCUAUCGCCUCCUUUGUCAUGAUCCUCACGGUCGGCAUCAGUUGCUCAACCUGCUCGGAACGCGAUCCUCAAUUCGACACUGCACCAGCUGAGCAGAAGGAAGGUGUCAUCGCUUUCUUCAAGGGUCUCGCGCGCUCAGUCAAGAAACUGCCUCCCCAGAUCAAGAAGGUCUGCGCCGUUCAAUUCUUCGCUUGGAUUGGAUGGUUCCCGUUCCUCUUCUACAUUACCACCUACGUCGGCGAGAUUUAUGCCGAUCCCUACUUUGAGGAGAACCCCCAUCUACCGGACGCUAAAAUUGAUGAGAUUCUGGAGAAUGGUACGAGAAUUGGCACCAGAGCCCUGCUGAUUUUUGCCAUCACCACAUUCUUCGCCUCCGUCUUCCUGCCAUUCGUCAUUCCCCCAACAUUCCAAGCCCCAGAACCCGACCGUCCGAUAACACCGGCAACGCCUAUGACACCGACGACACCACACUCUAUGGGUGGCUCCGGCUACUUUGCCCUGGGGCCCGCCCCCAAGAGGGACUCGAACACAAUCAUGGACAAAAUAUCUAGGUCCAUGGAGAUGUUGCAGGUUAAGUCGCUUACCCUUCGUCGAUCUUGGUUCAUAUCGCACAUCCUCUUCACUGUACUUAUGGCCCUUACCUUCUUCGUUCGUAGCACGUGGGGAGCGACUGUCCUUGUCGGUGCUAUUGGCAUUCCUUGGUGUGUCACCAACUGGGCGCCGUUUGCCAUCAUUUCUUCCGAGAUCUCCAAGAGAGAUGCCAUCCGCCGUGGUAUCAUCAAGCCUCGUGACCGCGAAUCACAGCUCAUCGCCGAGGGCGAGGAUGACGGUUCAGGCGCCGAUUCUGCCGGUGUCGUUCUGGGAAUUCACAACGUCGCCAUCGCAGCACCGCAGGUCAUCGCCACACUUGUGAGCGCCAUUAUGUUCAAGCUUCUACAAAAGCCCAGAGGGACAGCAGGCGAUACAAGUGUGGCAUGGGUGCUGCGCUUUGGUGGUGUCUGUGCCCUAGUUGCUGCAUGGUUGACAUUGCAGGUCAACGAAGAAAAGGAGGAAGAGGAGGAGGAAGAACCUUUCAGGAGGAGGCGGAUGUCUUAG